UGCUUUUAUAUCAUUGGGUGGUACACUACAGAUGUCAUUGCUUUAACUUCAGACCCAUGUUCGACCAGCUGGGCUACCUCACCAAUGUUUGGUAAGGGGACGUGCAGUUCCAACCCCUACCGGCGCUCGCUACAUAUAACUCAAGAAUUGCCAUGUUUCAUGGAUAGGAUAUUCUUUAUUUUCUCCUGUCACUACCAUAAAUGAAUUCAGCGUUUUGAACCCUGCCACCAACCAGUCCCUUUUCUCGAUUCCAUCACGUAACGACCCUUCCUCGAAGGACCAGAGGGAGGCUGGUGCCACAGGUGAUGCAUUGACAGAAUGGUAGAAAACAAAGGGAUCACAUUGGCCAUAGUGGCAACUGUAUUCUGCAUUGCGGCUUUCAUCGCAGUGAUAUUACGAUGUUAUACUCGGCUACGGAUUGUAAAGGCAUUUGGACUGGAUGAUUACUUCAUGGUCGCCGCUGAGUUCUUCCACCUCUGGUUCACAUCACUGGUCCUUUCGGGCGUCUACUAUGGCACUGGCCGACACAUGUGGGAUCUUACACCAGAAAAUGCCGUCACAGCUUGCAAGGUAUGGUGGCUUUGCUAUCUUGGCUAUUGCAUGUCUAUGAUCUUCGCUAAGAUCGCUAUUGGUCUUUUCCUCCUUCGAAUCGCUGUCCAGAAAUCUCAUAUUAGUAUUAUCUGGUUCACUAUCAUUCAUUCCAUCGUUGCUGGGACCGUUUUUUUCUUUGUUGUCAUCUUUCAAUGUUACCCUGUCUCUUAUUACUGGACUUCCGUCAUCCCAGGUGGUAAAGGUUCCUGUAUUUCUUUACAUGUCUUCACUUCACUUGGCUAUCUUUAUGGGACUGUAUGCGCCUUAGGCGACAUGAUAUAUGGUAUACUGCCAAUAUUUCUCAUUUGGAAUGUUGAUAUCGACCGCAAGACGAAAUUUAUCCUGGUGCCUAUCCUCGGCAUGGCUGCAAUUGCGAGUUGUGCCGCUCUCGUCCGCAUGGCCUACAUGAACCAGCUCCUGGAGCCUGACUUUCUAUGGUCGACUGUAGACAUCGCCAUCUGGUCCACCAUCGAACCCGGCCUUGCAAUCCUUGCGUCCAGUUUAGCCACACUCCGGCCACUUGUCAAGCAGCUCAGCUCCCGCUUCUCGGCCCUCAAAUCUGUCAAUAGUAAAGACCUAGACUCACCCGCCUGCAACACCGAUCCGACCACCAAAUGUCGACGCGCUCUAUCAUUCUCACAGCAGACGCAGACUUGCGAUCAAACAACUACUAUUGGUAUCUGGGCUGAGCAUGAGCCGCGAGGCCGGACGAAGAUGAUGAUGGGAGAUGUGGAAAGUCAGUGGUCAGACAGCCAGACGGUGGCGGUAAGUAAAAAGGAGAGGGCCGGGAUUGGGCGCAUUACGGUACAAACAGAUAUCGAAUUAAUGGACUCCGCGACAUUGGUGGGAAGUCCGACGACUAUUUGCGCGCCGGGGACCCCGAAGGUAACACGUAUAUGAGCUGGGCGCAUGAUCGUCUUACCUCUUCUGUAUGUUAUAAAUAUAUAUAUUGGUUAAC